AUGGCGAACAUGAUGGGACAAAUGCCGCUACCACGAUUGACGAAGACGAACUACGAGAAUUGGAGUAUCCAAAUGAAAGCUCUUCUCAGUUCGCAAGACGCAUGGGAGGUGGUCGAAGACGGUUUCAAAGAACCGAAGGAUAUCACGGGUUAUAUGGCAGCGCAAAACAAGUCACUAAAGGAAUUACGAUCAAAGGAUAAGGCAGCAUUAUACAUGCUGUUUCAGGCUGUUGAAGAGUCGGGCUUUGAGAAGAUUACCGUGGCGAAUCAGCUAAAUCGAAACGGAGAAAUGUUACCCGAGACGCGGGUUGUGGAGAAAAUCUUGAGGUCGUUAACAGAAAACUUCGAGAAUGUCGUAUGUGCAAUAGAAGAGUCGAAGGACCUAGCGAAGUUCACAGUCGAUGAGCUUGCCGGUUCUCUCGAGGCACACGAACAAUGCAAAAUGGGUCACUAUGCGAGAGAUUGUCGAGCCAAAGAAAAGGUGGAAGAAACCAUCAACCUGGCCUUAGAUGAUCCAACAAGUGGAGGCAUUCUUUUGAUGGCCCAAAAUGAAGAGCCGAACACAAAAGGAGAUGGCGGUGUGAAAGACGAUGGCGAUAGUCAUGAGGUAGUGGAAGUUGUUGGAAAUGGGAGAUACUGGCGUCUCUUUCCACCAAGCGCGCACCGCACAAUCGGCCUGGGAGGGAAUCAAAUCCCGUCGGGUCGGUGUACAGCGAGUGCGGGAAUCCAACAUCAAGGAGCUCUCGGAAGGAGAAGGCCGACGGAAGGAGCUCUCGGAAGGAGAAGGCCGAAAAGGCCCAUGUGGCUCAUUCCGAGGAGGAUGAGCCAGCUCUCUUCAUGGGUAACUGCAUGCGUCCCCAAUUUCGAUUCUAAAUCCACGGAGAUGGAGGUAAUCGACGACGUUGUUGAACCCGAGAAAGAGCUCCAGCUGGGUGUAGCAAAGGUGGCACGGGAGCCAAUUCAACUAGAGGAGGAGCGAGUGUUCGCUCAGAUCGGCGAGAGGGACGAGCAACACGAGCACCGACGAUGGAUCCUUGACACAGGAGCAACAAACCAUAUGACCGGGGCUAGAUCGAAGGGCGCGGCACCAUCUUGUUCGUCAGCAAGGGAGGCGAGCAUCGCAAGCUGA